CAACAACAAAACAAACGUCAGUCAGAUGGCAAGUUUUCAAAUUCCAGUGAAAAUCUCUACAUUUUAGACCCCAAAUUAGAAAAUGAAGCAAAAAUAAUACAGAUAAGAAUGGAACCUUACUUAAAAGAAAGCUAUCCGAUUCCUACGAUGCAAAACCAAGAUGUGAAUAAAACAGAAUCCGUUGAAAACUUUCAGAAAUUCAUUUACGAUUUGUUUGAUAAAAAUGGUAUUCUCAACGACUUGAGAGCUUAUUUACGCGGGCAUAUUGUUGAUGUGUUAAAAAGUGCACAAACUGGAGACCCUCCAUCAUGUCAAAAGCAGUUUACGCAGCGUCUGGACUCUACUUUCCAGGCUUUGAACAUGCUAGUUGCCGAGUAUUUGCUAUGUUUGGAUUUCAACUACAGCCUCUCUGUGUUUGUGUCCGAGAUACCGCUGGCCAACAUGAUGUUUGGUCUCGCCAAAUCCCUCAUGGGGCUAGGUGCUGAUGGAGAAGCUGCCAAACUUAGGUUUGGAGAAAAUGAUGUGUGGUCCAUACUGAACUAUUUAGGUGUUAAGUGUGACUCCGAGCAUGCCAAUGCCAUUGUAGACAUGUAUAAGGCACAAGAAAAGUCUCCACUAUUGCUAUGCAUCCUCAAAUGUGCACAGCUGUGUGAAAUGGAGCAAAAUGAUGCGGUAUCACAAGGCAGUAUCUCCUCAAGCUCAAAAAGUUCCCUAGAUAAGUACUCGGUGGGCUCACAAUGUAAACACGACACGUUCUGUAAAACCUGUCGCGGCAAAUACAGACGGCUAAAGGAGAGAUAUAGGAAGAAGAAGGCAAGUUAUUUGCAGAAGGCACAAGCAAAGGCCAAAGCACUGAAUGUGGAAACUCUCAUGAAGAAUAUCAGUGAAUUGGAACGAAGCCUCGUUGACGAGAUGUUCGAACAAUUGAAGACUGUAUACGAAUCGGAAAUAGACAUGUUCAAGGCGGAACACGAAGGAAAGAUCAAAAACUCACUCGCCAGCCAUGUAGAGCACUUCCAACGCAUGCAAAAAGAGUUGGAAGAAUCGUACAAAGCCCGCGAAGAGGCCCUAAAAGCGAACAUCGUUGACAAGAAGCGGUUCCUGUGGGGCCUCGCGCAGGCUCUGAGGGCGCAGCACUCGCAGAUGACCAAAGCCAUGCAGGCUGUCAGGAAACAGACGGCGGAAAUCGCUGAACAGGAACAAAACCUGAAACUGCAGCGAACAGAAGCGGAAGAAUCUCUAAAGAAACGCGCUGAAGAAAUGAGACAGCAAAUAGCAGAAGAACUGAUCAUUCUAGAACGACACUUAGACGCCAUGAAGAAUGAGCGAGAAAGCAUCAACAGAGAGAGAACGAACACUGAAACCAAAAUAAACAAUGAAGUUCAAAACUACUUACAAAACCAUUAUCAUUUAUGGAAAGAAGAGCUAAACGUACUGAAGAUGUAUAUGGAAAAUGCUACGAUUCAGCCUAAGAGUGUAAUAGAAAGGAGUACGGUAACUGAUGAUGUGUUUAAGGGGAUGAACAAUGAGAUAGAGAGAGACAGAGGUACGGUUAGAGAAGGAAGGCCUGACCAGGUUGUUAAUGAUUUGAAGAAACAGAAGAAUGUUAAUUUUAAUCAGGCCAAGUCGGAAGGCGAAUCUCGCGGCAGUUGCAGCACUUCGAGUUCGGAGGACGAAAGACUUCGGCUCAGCGAGAGACAGCCGGCACACGUCAGGCCGGUAUCUCCUCAGCGCGCACCCGUUUCACUUCUCGAGCAGAGCAUACGAGAGACAGAGUGUGGCUGGCGAAAAGGUGCCGGUGAAGAACGAACUUUACUCCCUAGUGCGAGAAUAUUGGUGCCCGGCGACACCAUACCGUUCGUCGGCGUCGUCGGUCGCAGGAGCGACAGCCGGAGGCACCUGCUGAACCGCUGGCGCGCUCUGCGGCGCCGCGUGUCGCCGGCGCACCCCGGGCCCUCCGACAUACCCGCGAAAAGCGUCGGGAUCCGAGUGCACAGUCCGUCUUCGGAACCCAUUCGUAACACGGGAGAGAUUCACCAGGAUAUUACAUCGACGCCGACUAAUAGAGAUAUACGAGCUACAGUUGAUACGGCAACGGAAUCGCCGAAAACAGGGGAAAGAAGCCCCAGGUCCGUCCUGAAGGAAGCAAAAGAGAAAUUGAAAACCGUGACCCGAGCGUCGGCCUCGCGCGAGAAGAGUCCGAGCGCCGUGCUGCGCGAGGCCAAGCGCCGGCUCCGCAAGCUGGAGAUCGAGGCCGAGGCGGUCGAGCGCUCCUACAUGGACUUCCGCCGCCGCCGGGACCGAGGCCCAGAACGAGAUGAUCUAACGCCUUGCAUACCAAUCACGGCAAGCAAAUUGUCAACGCAUCACAAGGAAGAGGCACCCGAACCCUCCAGAUCACAACUGCAUACGACAGAUUCCGUGCAUUUAGACUUAGAGAAAUACCUCAAAAAGUACCAAAUCAAUCUCAACUUAGGACAGGACCACUUUAAAAACAGAAAUACCGCCGCUAAACUAAAGAAUCCAGUGCCGGAAGCUUAUUCAGAAAUAAAUAGGAAAUUUGAACCCAUACCUAAACAAGACUACUUAGAUAAACCUAUUUUAGAAUUUAGAAAAUUAUACUACACUAACCCAGAACGGGUACAUCACAAUCAUAUAUCUCUGAACAGUGAAGAGCCCUUAUGUAGAAGCAGAGAGAGUAAUGCAGAGGCUCGAAAAGAAAAAUGCUCGGAUAUAAGAAAAGAGAAAGACACAAGAAAGGAAUUAGAGAUACUUAAGCAAAGUACGACCAGAAGCUUCGAUUUGCAAGAUCUACCAACGAAAGAUACGGUUGAAAUGUCGAAAGAGGAAAACAUAGCCGAUAAUCUUUUGUUAGUAGAAGUAGAAAAUGUUAGUGAGGUAAAAGAGUUAAAUGUCGAAGAUCAAACAGACAUGGUAGUAGUUAUAGAAAGCUCGGUAGAUUCGAAGGAAGCAGUGGUGUCACAGCAAGAUGACAGCGCAGAGAACAUAUCGACCAGAAUGACCAUAGUCAUCAGUCCAAUGCAUAUCGAGGAAAAUAGUGUUACUAUAGAAAGAAUAGGGACAACCAUAGAGCGGGUUAGAACUCCAUCAGUGCGAGAAGAAACUAUUAUUACAACAAAAGAAUAUUACGCAGCGAGUGGAGAAAAUUAUUCGCCAGAGAAUAUACAAAUAGAAUUACGCCAUGAACCAGACUCUGAACUACAAAUCCCAGCGCCUAAUUCAGUUUUCGAAACUGUAGAAGUUGUGGAGGAUUAUCCUGAUGACUUUUCGGACGACGUGGACAACUACAAGUCUGAUGAUAACUCCCCUAUCUCCCUCCCGAAAACAUCCGAAGAUGAUAUUUUUUGGGAUUAGUCUUAUCUAUAAAUAAAAUAAGGCUCAACCAUAGUCAUAAUUUAUUUUUCUAAUGUUUAUGUGAAACAUAUAAUAUAAAACAUACAU